AUGAUUACAAAAUAUUACGAAGAUAUAAGUGGCAACGGUGCAUUGGACGAUGUCACUACUUAUAAAUCUACAAAUUUGAAUGCAAAUAAAAUACUACAUACAAAUUCGCUUGACGAAGCAAGUCAAGAAGCUCAAAUGCUGGACAGUGUAUUUCUAAAUAUAGAAGAAGCUCCCUAUCACGUUGCCUUAUUCGCUAACAAUUACUUCAUUUGCGCCGCAUCAAUAAUCAGUUUAGAUUGGAUUGUAACAGCUGCACAUUGUGUAUAUGGUAUUGAAAAUUUCGGAAUCCGAUAUGGUACGACAGAUUGCAGAAAAGGUGGCAAAAUCCGUCAGAUUACUACAAUUGUGAUAAAUGGACGUUUCAAUAUUCGUUCCCUGGACAAUGACAUAUCAAUGUUGCGAGUCAAUUACCCAUUCCAAUGGUCGUCUAAUGUACUACCACUCAGUUUGCCCAACGAAUAUUCGAAAUUUCCGCUGAAAUUAUUAAUGAGUGGCUGGGGAAGUAUUGAAGAAAAUAAUGUACCGGGAUUCUUUUUGUAUGGUGUUGAUGUAACUGCCAUACCACGAAGUGUAUGCCGCAAAAUCUACGGCAAUGCCGUUGUUAUUACAACAAACAUGAUUUGUGGUAAUGCUACGGGAACAGGCGCAUGUCAAGCCGAUUCUGGAAGUCCACUUGUCCAUAAAGGCAUACUAUAUGAUGGACAAGUGCAAAAUAAUACCAUUUUCGAAGACGAAGAUGCCAGUGAAAUGUUUUACAAUCUUGAAUCGAAACUGUACAAUAAAGGAAAUAACACACGGAUAGUUGGAGGCAUACCGAUUAAUAUACAUCAGACGCCGUGGCAAGUUGCUCUCUACAAUAAUGGAUAUUUUAUAUGUGGUGGAUCUAUAAUAAGCGCUGAUUGGGUAAUGACCGCGGCACAUUGCACCGAGGAUGGUGGCAAAUUCGCUGUUCGGGCUGGAUCACCGUUUCUUGAUCGUGGCGGACAAAUUCGAUUAGCCCGCAUUAUUCUGGUACAUGGCAGAUAUAAUAGUUAUACAGCUAAUCGGGAUAUUGCUCUCAUUCGGGUACACAAAAAAUUUCAUAUUACCAAAUACGUGAGCCCCGUACAUAUUGCACGAUAUGGAAGACGUUUGCCCCAGCAAUUGUUUGUCAGUGGAUGGGGUACAACGAAGGAGAAUGGAAUGGUGCCCAAUCGUUUAAGAGGUGUGCUAUUGCGAAAAAUGUCCCGCCGAACAUGUCGACAAAAAUAUGCAAAAGACCAAAUACCCAUAACGAAGUUUAUGAUAUGUGCCAAAAGACCGCAAAAGGAUGCAUGUCAAGGUGAUUCUGGCGGACCAUUGGUUCGAGGGCGUAUACAAUAUGGCAUUGUGUCCUUUGGUAUUGGUUGUGCGCGUCCAAAAUAUCCUGGUGUUUAUACGAAUCUUCGGCGUUUGAAUAAAUGGAUCAGAAGGGUGGUGAAACGCUGGGGUGACGGAAUUGAUGAUUUGGAUUAUUUUGAUCCAAAAAUUUACAACGUCAAUGGAACUCGUAUAGUGGGUGGCAAGCCCACUAAUAUUAGACAGGUGCCAUGGCAAGUUGCCCUCUACGACAAGGGAUAUUUCAUAUGUGGCGGAUCCAUUAUUAGCGCUGAUUGGAUUUUAACGGCAGCUCACUGUGUUGAAGGUGGUGGUAAUUUUGCUGUCCGUGUCGGUUCUUCGUAUAACAAUAGGGGCGGACAAAUUAGACGGGCCCGUGUGGUUAUUAUGAAUGCUGGUUACAAUACUCGUACAGCUAAUCGUGAUAUUGCCAUGAUCCGUGUUAAUAGACGUUUUACAUUUAACCAAUUCGUAAGACCCGUUAUAUUGGCACGACAAGGUAGGCGAUUACCACGACGAUUGUUUGUUAGUGGCUGGGGAACACGGAAAGAAGGUGGAUCGGCGACAAUGCGUUUACGAGGCGUUACAAUUCAAAAACUCAAUCGACGUCAGUGUCGUCGAAAAUAUGCUCGAGAUAAUAUACCCAUUACAAGCUAUAUGUUUUGUGCCACGACACCAGGGAAAGAUGCGUGUCAAGGCGAUUCUGGUGGCCCCUUGGUGCACAGACAAAUUCAAUAUGGUGUUGUGUCCUUUGGUAUUGGUUGCGCCCGUCCAAAAUAUCCCGGAGUCUAUACCAACAUACGGAAAUUAAAUAAAUGGAUUAAAAAAGUUAUACGUCGUCGGGGUGGAAAAAUGCCUAGAUUUGGUUGA